GCGGCGCUCCCCGCCUUCGCCGCCGCCGCCCGGACCCAGCGCCCGGACAUGGGCCGCCUCCCGCGGGCCGCGCUGCCGUGGCUGCCGCUCGCCCUGCUGGCGGCCGCGGGGGCCCCCGAGGCGCCGGUGAGCGCGCCGCGCAGCCUGGCGUGGGGCCCCGGGCUGCGGGCGGGCGUCGUGCUGCCCGUCCGCUAUUUCUACCUGCAGGCCGUCAGCUCCGAGGGCCGCAACCUCACCCGCUCGCCCCCAGGUCCAGCACAAUUUAAAGUAGUAGUCAAAUCUCUUUCACCUAAAGAGUUGGUCCGGAUCCAUGUCCCCAAACCUUUGGACAGGAAUGAUGGGACAUUUUUGAUCAGGUAUAGGAUGUAUGAAUCUGUCAACGAAGGGCUGAAGAUAGAGGUCCUUUAUGGUGAUGACCAUGUGGCCCAGUCUCCCUAUAUUUUGAAAGGACCCGUAUACCACGAGUACUGUGCGUGUCCACAAGAGGACCCCCAGGCUUGGCUGCAAACUCUUUCUUGUCCGACCGAAGAACCACAGAUUGCAAAAGAUUUUGCUUCCUUUCCCAGCAUUAAUCUCCAGCAGAUGCUACACGAAGUUCCAAAACGGUUUGGGGAAGAGAGGGGUGCCAUUGUCCACUACACGAUUCUCAAUAACCACAUCUACCGGAGACCGUUAGGGAAAUACACGGACUUCAAAAUGUUCUCAGACGAGAUCCUGCUAUCACUGGCAAGAAAGGUCCUUCUCCCAGAUUUAGAAUUUUAUAUUAAUCUUGGAGAUUGGCCUUUGGAACACAGAAAAGUCAAUGAAACGCCUGGCCCUUUACCUAUCAUUUCAUGGUGUGGCUCUCUGGAUUCCCGAGAUAUUAUCCUUCCGACGUAUGACAUCACUCACUCCACACUCGAAGCAAUGAGAGGUGUUUCAAAUGACCUCCUCUCUAUUCAGGGAAAUACAGGGCCUUCCUGGGCCAAUAAGACGGAGAAGGCGUUUUUCAGAGGGAGAGACAGCCGGGAGGAGCGGCUCCAGCUGGUGCAGCUGGCCAAGGAAAACCCAGAGCUGCUGGACGCGGGCAUCACGGGGUACUUCUUCUUCCAAGAGAAAGAAAAAGAGCUCGGGAAGGCCAAAUUGAUCGGGUUCUUUGAUUUCUUUAAGUACAAGUAUCAAGUGAACGUGGAUGGGACUGUGGCUGCUUACAGAUAUCCGUAUCUCAUGCUGGGCGACAGUCUGGUUCUGAAGCAGGACUCCCCGUAUUAUGAACAUUUUUACAUGGCACUCCAGCCUUGGAAACAUUAUGUACCAAUUAAAAGAAAUCUUGCUGAUUUACUGGAGAAAGUUAAAUGGGCCAAGGAAAAUGAUGAAGAAGCCAAGAGGAUUGCAAAAGAAGGGCAGUUGACUGCCAGGGACUUGCUACAGCCACACAGGCUUUACUGCUACUAUUACAGGGUACUGCAGAAUUACGCUGAGCGCCAGUCCAGCAAACCCGAAAUACGUGAUGGGAUGGAACUUGUUCCUCAGCCGCAUGAUGACACGUCCAUCUGCCAGUGCCAGGGGAAGAGCCGUUCGAGAGAAGAACUCUAAGUCGGCCCAGAUUUACACUCCUUUGUAGGCCGGCUGCGUCUUCAAUGGAAGCACUCAGACAGAAUCUGAGCUACGAAGAACACAGCUUGCCAAAAUAUAAAUCACUCUCUAGGAAUACAUGUACAUCAUAUUUAUUGGUUUGGUAUUUUUAAUCCAUUGUUCACUUUUGCUCGUCCAUUUCCAGGUAUGAGGAAAAACUAUUUGUGUAGGGUGGUUUGUUUUUUUUUACCCCACACAAUUUCCCCUUCUACAAGCUGCUUUUGUCAUUCAGAGAUAGUAAGCCGCCUCUUGAGACUGAAUAAGGAAGAAGAGGAUGACUGUUAUGAAUGGUAGCUGGGAUUCCAUGGUGGGGGAUAAUUUUUUAAAAGCUCACUCAUAACUUUUUAGCUGAGUUUUACCAGCACCUGAGAUAAAAAUAAGAAAGUGCCUUAAGCUAGUAUAAUAGUUUCUAAUCUGUCACAGCUAUUAAAAUAGAUGAACGCCCCCGGUGAGACCAUUCAUUAUCUAUAUGUUGAAUAAAGGUGACUGCAGUCCGGUGGGGAUCUGUAAUUCUUUUUAAUAUUUUAAGGGGAUGCUUGAAAACCUCUGCAACAAGCCGCAGGAAGCCUAGUAUCUUGGGAUUCACUAAUAGCUGACAACAAAGGCAAGCGUCCAUUCCUCACUGCACCCCUCCUCCAUUUCAUUAGGUUAAACAAAUGGACAUUUCCUCUGUCUUUCGGGUCCAAACUUAAGACUGACGGCCCAGAAGUUCAUGGCACACUCCUUGUAAUGCCAAUUCAAGGUUGAGUUAGCUGAAGAACCACACUCCAAAAAACCAGAACUAUGCACACUCCCAGUCUUAAAAUAUUUACUCCCCUAAUUGAAAUGCCUAAUCUGGAAAACAAUGUAAACCACUUUGAAGGAGUCAUAUCUAUUCUUUUUUGAAAAUCAAUAAGAAUUUUUCUUAAUGAGAUAAGAGCCAAAUCACGUUAGGAACAAUGUAAUCAAAGCCAAGUAUCCAUGGAAAACUCAAGUUUUCCAAAAGCACGAGUGCAUGGUAUAAAGUAAAGGGCAAGCUGUAGGGAGACCAGAUCUUAAUGAAUCUGUGUCGUUGAUAUAUGGUACAUGGAGUUUGGCCUUGUCAAAGCUGAGAUGAUAGAAAGUUUGCCCUCCCUCCUACCUCCCUGUCCUCCAAACCCAGGUCCUUUUUGACGGCUAAUGAUAUUUUGUUAGAAACAUCUUAAACUUUUAAAAUGUAUGUCACCCGUGGCCAAACAGUUAAAAUUGAGUUGAGAUAAACCUGGCAGCUUCUGGCUGUGGAACAAGGAUGUGCUUAAGAAAUUACGUGGAGCCCCUGGAAAGAUUCCACUGGAAGGAGCAGCCUUCAUCUAAUCCUCCAUCGUACCUACUCAGUCAUGGCUUUAAAAAGAGUGAGAUUAAAUGGCUUCCUGGUUUGUUGACAUGAAUAGAAUUUGGUAAAAAUGGGAUUACUAAAACCAUGAUUUUUUUUUUUCCUUCUUGGUUCACACAUUACCCAUGAUUUCCAUUCAUUUUUAAUAAUUUGGUUUUCAUGAAAAAUAUCUGAUCUUUAAAAGAAGGAAAAAGACAUAAGGAUAUGCAAAUGAAUAUAAUAACUGUAUAUGUCUAAGCAAUCAACAUUUGUUGCAAUCUUGUUUCUAUUAAUAAAAUGUUGAAAACAUCUUAACCAUCAUUAGGGAAUUGGCUAGGUAGAUAUUGAUACAUAAAAGAAUACAGUACAAGCAAGAAUAAAGUAGCUCUAUUAUGAAAGAUUUCCAUAACAGUGUUCGGGG